AUGUCCAGUGCUUUUAUUGUUGGCGAUUCGGCGCCUGAAUAUUCGGAAGCAAAGAGUUCUACUGAAUCAAAGCUGAAAUCCGGAGUUGAAGUCCACUCUGAAGUCGAUGCAGCUUACGAGUUGCUGCGAGAGGCCGAGAGUCUUGAUCCCAUAACUCCUAAGGAAGAAAAACGCCUGAAGUUCAAACUUUACACCUUUGUCUUUGGUCUUGUCUUCAUCAUUGAUUUAAUGCUCUUUAUUGAUAAGGCUACUCUAAGUUAUGCAAGUAUUUUGGGAUUGUUUGAGGAUGCACACAUCAAUUCGGACCAGUACAACAACAUGAACACUAUCUUUUACGUUGGUUACAUUAUUGCCCAAUGGCCUGGCCAUUGCCUGCUAUGGGAAGCUACAAUGUCUAUGUUUUUCACCCUUGAGGAGCAGGCCCUGGUGCAACCCAUUUUCUGGGUCUCCUGUUUGGGAAGCAACAUUCCUGCUGGUUUUAUUGCCUACGGUGUGCAAUACAUUAAUUCAAGUCUUCAUCCUUGGAGAAUCUUUAUGUUCAUCACCGGUGGUUUCACAUUCUUCCUCAGUAUCUGGGCCGUUUUCUACUAUCCCGACAACCCUAUGACAGCCCAUUUCCUUACACGCACAGAACGCAUUCGCAUCAUUGUUCGUGUUAAGGAGUCAACCAAGAGCAGUAUUGAGCAAAAAGUCUUCAAGAAGGAGCAAUUUUAUGAAGCUUUAAGAGAUCCAAUUUCCUGGCUGUUUGCCGUGCAAUCUUUUACGCUGAUGCUUUCCAACAAUCUUGCCUAUCAACAGAAUUUGCUUUUCACAAGUCUCAAUAUCUCGAACCUUAACUCAACUCUGGUUGGUGUCGCCAGUGCUGGUUUUGAUAUUGUCUGCUGUAUCAUAUCGACUUUCCUUAUGAGCAUUUUCCGCAGUCAAAGUGCCAUCUUUGCUUCGUUUUGGUGCUUGCCUGCUAUUGCAGGUGGUAUUGUAGCUGUCGCUUUGCCCUGGUCAAAUAAGUUGGGCAUUUUGCUGGGUAUCAUUUUGGCUUCUCCAUUUGGCAUUACCUAUAUCAUUGCACUUGGUUGGUCUAUGUCUUCGACGGCUGGAUACACAAAGAAGCUUACCCGAAGUGCAAUGUAUAUGAUCGCUUAUGCUGUUGCCAAUAUUAUCGGUCCUCAAUUAUGGCAAAGCCGCGACUCCCCACGUUAUUAUCCUGCUUGGAUCGUUCAAAUUGUUGUCGCUUGGACAAUUACACCGAUUAUUUUGUUUGUCAUUCGUUUUAUUCUUGCUCGUCGUAACAACGAACGUCGCGCACUGCAAGCCGAAAAAGCAGAGGCAGACAACAAGAUGUUUGUCGACGCUGUGGACAAGAAUGGCAAUCCUAUUCGGACCGAAAUCGAUGUCACAAUGUUGGAUUUGACGGAUUUAGAAAACAAGAAGUUCAUCUAUCCACUUUGA